AUGGCCUCCCUUGCCAACAAAAUUCUACCCUCCGUCGUAACUGGAGCAGAGUCCAAGUCGGCUCACAAGAAGAAGGCUAAGGCUGCAACCGAUGCUACGUCCUCCACACCUGACGGAGACCGAUCUGGUUCUGUUGCGGGCCUUGAUUCCGAUUUGAAGACAGAAGGCGCCUCGGGAGCGGAGAAUCCAUACAUCAGGGACUUGCAAAAACGGAUACGCAACAUCAACAAGAAACUGACUGCCACUUCCAAGCUCGACACGAUCCUUUCUGAAAACCCAGGCAAAUCCCUGGACGAACUCGUCGCGGCCAGAAUCAUUAACCCCGAUCAGAAGGCCCAGGCGCUGAAGAAACCCUCGCUGCAGGCCGAGCUGGUUGCAGUCGAGGACCAGUUGGUGAGAGCCAAGGAGAUGGAAGCCCAACACCAGGAUGCAUUAAAUAGAGAGCGGGAACUUCUCAAGUCGCAACAUACAAAGGAAUUACAAGAGAUGAAGCAGGCCACAGAGGCAAGGGUAAAGCUGGAAGCGGAGCAGGCUUUCAAAAUUAAACUUUUGACUUUCGGUCGCUUCCUAAAAGCUGCAGCCGCGCGUCGAUCAGAAGGUGAGGAAGAACUGGACCUGGACGGCAGAGCAUUUGAGGGUGUACUCUCAAAUGUCUACACUGGUGACGUUUCUGCUGUGGAGGCCAUCGAAAAGCUUAUAAACGGUGUCAAUGAGAAGAUCCGCGACUAUAUUGGCGAGAUGGAUGUUACGUAUGCCAGGAUCAAGGAGCUAACCUUGAAAGAGGUCCCCGUAGAAGACGAGGAUCCUUGGUCUGCGAAAGCAGAAGUUCCUGUUGAUUCGCUGGCCGCAACUACCUGCAUCACUUCUGACGAUGCACUUCCGUAUUCAGCAGACCCUACCAUCUCCAACGCAGCGCUUACAAAGAUGGGCGACGCCAAGACGAUACCUAACGGUCAGUCAGCAGAAAUAGACGUGCAAACCAUUACGCCUGCCACGGGCGACAUUGGCAAGAAUGCUGGCAAUGUCGCUGCUGAGGAGCAAUGGGACGCAAAGCCCGCUGGUGAGUCGUCAGCUGGCAUGGAAGAUUCCUACGAAAUUGUUCCACGGCCUACAGACGAGGUUGAGAACAAGCAGACCACCCCCACUGCACCGGCUAGCACGCAGUCGUGGGCUGAGGAGGCGCACGCGGCUGCCAACAACGGUCAAGCGGCUAGCACGAAUGGUAACGACGGAUUUCACGAGGUGACCCACCGUGGCCCUCGCCAGCAUCGUGGCUGGGGUCCAGGCGAUCGUGGCCGUGGCCGUGGAAGUGGAAGGGGUAAUUUCCGCGGGCGCGGCGGUGAACGAGCAGACUUCCGAGGCCGUGGACGAGGUGCCCCUCGAGGGGCACUCAGAGAUCGGGGAGACUAA